UUGGAGCCUUCGGCCGGCCUCCCCCAAGUCAUCGCCAUCAACAUCGCAGCGAUCGAACGGCUUUGGAGCACUUUCGUGAUCGCAGUCCAGAUUCAUCUAUGGCGACGCCGACGGUGGCCCCUCUCGACCCCCUGGAGUUGUCUUAGAGCCUCAGCGGAGUGAUCGCCAUGGUCGAAUUGAAGACCGGUUGCUGGUUGCGAAGUCGGGUGGUCCGAGUCACGCUUCGUCUAUGGAGGAUUCUCCGGUAGUGGAGGUGUUGCAUGGGCAAUCGAAGGAGGGGGAUAAUUUGUGGGAUAUGUUACGAUCACAAUUCACCAACCAAUUUGAUGAUCGCCGGCUUCCAGAAUUGUCGGAGGUAGUUGCGUUAUCAGGGAGCUCCUGGGCAUAUAUGGAGCCGGUGGUGGGAUCGCCGGCUUCCGAUGCUCUGCCUAUUGGAAACGAUCGUCUCGGUGCCAUGGUUUGGGGCGGUGUUGCAUCUGAGACUCUCAAUCUCAACGGACACUUUGUGGACUGGAAUUCCUGGGGAUUAUACUGAUCUAGAUGCUCCAAAAGCACUGGCUGACGUUAGAAAACUUGUUGAUGAUGGCCAAUAUGCACAGGCUACUGAACCCAGCAGAUCCGACGAGCUCAAAAACACUAUUUUUUCGGCGAUGAGCUCAUUCUAACGAGCAGACGAGAUGGAGAUCCCUCAGGCGAGCUCGAGUAGAUCCGACAGGCUCAGCGACAGAUUUCGUAAUAGAUGGACUCGGCUCCAUUUUCCUGACGACGAGCGUUUUUCGGCGAAGCUUGGUCAGAGAGGAUGAAGAAGAUGGCGUGAAAAGACCAAAUUGCACAUGGCAAAUCGGAGCUCUCGCCGGGUUAUUGACGGACUACGACCGGAGGGACUAAAUCAACUAAAAACAGUUAUUUUUAGGGACCAAAUCGAUGAAUAAGCGAUUAAGGGACUACAUUGAAAUUUUGCUAAUAAUUGAGGGACCAAAUCAUUGAU